AUGGCAGCCCCGGUGGGCCGGCGCGGCUCAGAGACGGAGCGCCUCCUAACCCCCAGUCCUGGGUAUGGCACCCGGGCCGGGGCUCCCCCGAUCCCGCCGGAAGAGGAAGACCUGCGCCGCAGGCUCAAGUACUUCUUCAUGAGUCCCUGUGACAAGUUCCGGGCCAAGGGUCGCAAGCCCUUCAAGCUGAUGCUGCAAGUGGUGAAGAUCUUGGUGGUCACUGUACAGCUCAUCCUGUUCGGGCUCAGCAACCAGCUGGCAGUGACCUUCCGGGAGGAGAACACCAUUGCCUUCCGGCACCUCUUUCUGCUGGGCUACUCUGAUGGGGCAGACGACACUUUUGCAGCCUACACGCGGGAGCAGCUCUACCAGGCCAUCUUCCACGCCGUGGACCAGUACCUGAUGCUCCCCGACGUGUCGCUGGGCCGGUAUGCCUACGUGCGGGGCGGGGGUGGCCCUUGGGCCAACGGCUCGGCCCUGGCCCUGUGCCAGCACUACUACCACCGUGGCCACGUGGACCCAGCCAAUGACACCUUUGACAUCGAUCCAAUGGUUGUCACUGACUGCAUCCGGGUGGACCCCCCUGAGAGACCCCUGGUGCCCCCUGGUGAUGAUCUCUCCCUUUCGGACAGCAGCGCCAGUUACAAGAACCUCACGCUCAAAUUCCACAAGCUGAUCAACGUCACCAUCCACUUCCAGCUGAAGACCAUCAACCUCCAGAGCCUGAUCAACAAUGAGAUUCCAGACUGCUACACCUUCAGGGUCCUGAUCACUUUCGACAAUAAGGCGCACAGUGGCCGUAUCCCCAUCAGCCUGGAGACCCAGGCCCACAUCCAGGAGUGUAAGCACCCCAGCGUCUUCAGGCACGGAGACAACAGUUUCCGGCUCCUAUUCGAUGUGGUCGUGAUCCUCACCUGCUCCUUUUCCUUCCUGCUGUGUGCCCGCUCGCUGCUCCGUGGCUUUCUGCUGCAGAACGAGUUUGUGGGGUUCAUGUGGCGGCAGCGGGGACGGGCCAUCAGCCUAUGGGAGCGGCUGGAAUUUGUCAAUGGCUGGUACAUCCUGCUGGUCACCAGCGACGUGCUCACCAUCUCGGGUACCAUCAUGAAGAUUGGCAUCGAAGCCAAGAACCUGGCGAGCUACGACGUCUGCAGCAUCCUCCUGGGCACCUCCACGUUGCUCGUCUGGGUCGGUGUCAUCCGCUAUCUGACCUUCUUCCAUAAGUACAAUAUUCUCAUUGCCACGCUGCGGGUGGCCCUGCCCAGCGUCAUGCGUUUCUGCUGCUGUGUGGCUGUCAUCUACUUGGGCUACUGCUUCUGUGGCUGGAUCGUGUUGGGGCCCUACCAUGUGAAGUUUCGCUCGCUGUCCAUGGUGUCGGAGUGCCUGUUCUCGCUCAUCAACGGGGACGACAUGUUCGUGACGUUCGCGGCAAUGCAGGCGCAGCAGGGCCGCAGCAGCCUCGUGUGGCUCUUCUCCCAGCUCUACCUCUACUCCUUCAUCAGCCUCUUCAUCUACAUGGUGCUGAGCCUCUUCAUUGCGCUCAUCACCGGGGCCUAUGACACCAUCAAGCACCCCGGAGGUGCUGGCGCGGAGGAGAGCGAGCUCCAGGCCUACAUCGCGCAGUGCCAGGACAGCCCCACCUCCGGCAAGUUCCGCCGAGGGAGCGGCUCGGCCUGCAGCCUCCUCUGCUGCUGCAGCAGGGACGCCUCGGAGGAACAUUCGCUGCUGGUAAAUUGACUCGGACCCGCCGCUGCUACUGGACAUUAGCCCUCCGACUGCGGAGACCCCCGCUUAUUUAUUUUUAGGGUUUGCUUUUAAAGGUCCGGUUCCCUGCCGUGCCCUGAGGACCUGGGCCAGUCGGGCCGGACACUGGUGGGACAGGGGUGGGGUGGGUGUUAAAUAAACGGGAAAAUAAACUUGUUCUCAUUUCUA